AAGCAAAAAAGUGUUGCUAAUAACAAAGAUAAAAGUCAGGGCAUGAAAUGGUGGCAGAGACCAAACAAUUGUUUGUAUUAAGCAAAAGAACUCCAAACUCCUGCCUUGAAGCCUUGACAUUUCAAACCAAAAUCCAAGCAAACAAGAAGCAAAUCCAUCCCUUAGUAUGGCCAAUCCUGCACCACAACCCGCAAAACCUGCCCGGCAUAGGACGAGUUUUCUUCGAAUCAUUGCUAUGCUCUUGCUAACCUUGAUCAUCCUUGCUGGUAUAGCUGUGCUCAUCAUUUGGUUAGUGAUCAGACCAAAACAUCUAAUUUACACCGUCGAUGAGGGUUCGAUCCAUAACUUCAACCUGUCCAAAGAUCAUCUCGAUUCCACCUUUGAUUUUGUCAUAAGGGCUUAUAAUCCCAACUCUAAAGUCUCUAUCUACUAUGACAAAAUAGAUGUUCAAGUGGAUUAUGAUGAUCAAAUUCUAGCAUACAAUGGGGUGCAGCCAUUCUUCCAACCCCAUCGAAGUAUGAACCGUUUGGAUGUCCAGCUGAAAGCUCAAUCUGUGGAACUAUUUCCUUCUGUGGUUGAGGACCUAAAGCUCGAAAGAUCAUCCGGGGCAGUCGAAUUAAUUGUUCGUAUCAAGGCAAGGAUAAGGUUUAAGGUUGGAGCCUGGAGGUCAAGUCAUAGGACUCUAAAGAUUUUCUGCUCUCCUGUGUUGGUGCACUUCUCUAGCUCUAACACUUAUGAGAGGACAUUCUGUGAUGCAGUUUUUUGAGCGGAAAAGCAUUGAUCAAGAUUGUAGUUUCCAAUCCAUUGUCUGAGGAAUUUGUGUUUUUCCUUAAUUGUUUAUCCUGUUUUUUCUUCCUCUUUUUGUUCAACUUUAUUACGUGUGUGUGAUCCUUGAUUGUGUAUCAACUUGUAGUAAGCCUUUAUUUUUGAGUGAGUGCUAUUGGAUUUGUUGUACUUAAAAAGAGUAUGGAGCAUUUGAUUGGAGGUACUAAUUAUUUCCAAGUUUGGGAUUUCUCACUUGUAAAAUAUAUAUUAUGAGUUUGACUUAAAAAAUGAUCAUGUUGUUAAUAGAUAUUGCAGAAAAUCAAAAGAAACCAAA